AUGCCUCCAGCCGAUCAAGAUACCAAGAAACGCGCCGCACGCGACACGGUAGACAUUUUAUUCGAGAUCUCCACGAUAUUGAAUACCAACCUCGAUCGACAAUGUUUAUCAUAUUGCAUUUCACUUAUUGAGAACGGAGUCAAUCCAGAGGCACUUGCUGUACGUCAACUUUCCCGUCCAUUAUCAACAUUAUUAUUAUUAUCUUGA